AUGGAUCCCGCUGCCGCACCUCGUGUCCCUCUCCUCUUCGGCCUUCUAUUGGCCAUCUCGCUCCUUACGGCCUUCCCGGCCUCACGCGCAGAAGAGUUUUCGAUCGUCCCAGUGCCCCAGCCUAAAAUACCGUACCCAGUUCCGCCAGGGGGGGGUGUCUGGUCGGGCCCUGGGCGCGGGGCGGAGUAUCUGGUGAAGCUUCCGCCGCUGCCGCCCCGCCAGCAGUUCAACGUGCGCCGGUUCGGCGCAAUGGGGAACGGCGCGAAGGACGAUACCCGCUCGUUUGCCGCCGCGUUCGCCGCGGCAUGCUCGUUCGGGCGCGCGCGGAACUUGGCGACGGCGGUGGUGGUGCCAUACGGGUGGUAUUCCGUGACGUACCUGGAGAUGGAAGGGCCGUGCGGGCCGCGCUUUGUCUUCCAGCUCGACGGCGUGAUUCUCGGCCCCGCAGGCCCGUUCGUGGCGCCCGUGCGGGCCGCGGUGGUGUCGUUCAGCUCCAUUCCUUGGCUUAUCGUGUCGGGGCGCGGCGCGAUCGACGGGCGCGGUGCGAACUGGUGGCGCAUGUGGGAGGCGGGGCAGCUGAACGUGGACCGUCCGAUGCUCAUGACGGUGUACCGAUGCAACAACUCUGUGAUCCAAGGGAUCACGCUGCGUAACCCGGGCACGAUCCAUCUCAAGAUUUCGCGAACGAUAGGCUCCGUAGUGAUCAAUGUGACUACAACGAGCCCCGCCAACUCGCCCAACACGGACUCCAUCCACAUCUCCGCCAGUCGCGGUGUGACUGUAAAGAGGUGCACGCUGCACGGAGGAGAUGACAACGUGGUGAUUGAAGCGGGGUCUAACAGCGUGCGUGUGGAGGACACGUGGUGCAUUGCAGGCCACGGAAUCAGUAUUGGCAGCCUGGGCGACAUGGGGAGCACAGCAUGCGUGCAGAACGUGGUGAUCAAGAACGUUGUUCUAAUGGCGCUCUCCAACGGCCUUCGCAUCAAGACCUACCAGGGCGGCUCCGGGUCUGUCUCCAACGUGAGCUACCGGAACGUGUACAUGGUGAACGUUCGGCGGCCUAUAGUCAUCGACCAGCAUUACUGCGAUCGUAACUCAGUGUCUCAUUGCGAGGAAUCCUCCCAGCACGCCGUGGCCAUAUCCAAUGUCUCGUACUCGAGGAUCAUCGGUACGACAGACUACACGGAAGGGCUCUACCUCAACUGUUCGUCUACGGUUCCGUGCCGUGGCAUCACGCUGAAAGACAUCAACAUCACUUCGUCUGCCUUGCCACGCACGCUGCUACGACCCAGAAUUGCACAUGUGUUUGGGGGAAUCCACAGUGUGGUCGCGCCGAGACUGCUCCCGCAGCAGAUACCGAUGGGCCCAGUGCCGUUUCAGCAGCAAGUGGCGUCACAACGAAUGGCCAGCCUCUGCCGGAUGGUAUAG